AUGUUGAAGGUUGCCGCGGAUCGACAGAAGAAUUAUGCAGAUAAUCGAAGGAAACCGCUAGAGUUUCAAGUUGGUGAUAGAGUUAUGUGGAAGGUAUCGCCAUGGAAGGGCGUUGUGAGGUUUGGGAAAAGGGGAAAGUUGAGCCCGCGCUAUCUAGGUCCCUUCGAAGUCGUCUCUCGAGUUGGACCAGUCGCGUAUAGGCUCAAGUUAGCAAAGGAGUUGAGUGGAUUCCAUGACGUAUUUCAUGUCUCCAACCUGAAAAAGUGUCUGUUUGAUGAGACACUAAUUAUACCCCCUGGAGAGGUUCAAGUGGACGAUAAACUGAGGUUUAUCGAAGAACUAGUGGAGGUUCAGGAUCGGAAAACCCAGCUCAGGAGGAGUAAGAUAGAGUUGGUUAAGGUCCGUUGGAAUUCUAAGCGUGGACCAGAGUUCACUUGGAAGCGACAGGACCAAAUGCAACAGAAAUACCCUCAUAUUUUCCCACCGAGUGCGAAAACGAAACCUGUAAAGUAG